CGUCGCGAGGUGGCUAAGACAGUCUUCUGCUUGGUGGUGAUCUUUGCACUGUGCUGGCUACCGCUCCAUCUCAGCCGCAUCCUGAAGAAAACCAUCUAUGAUCAGAACGACCCCAACCGCUGUGAACUACUCAGUUUCCUACUAGUGAUGGAUUAUAUCGGUAUCAACAUGGCGUCUCUCAACUCCUGUAUCAACCCUGUCGCUCUCUACUUCGUCAGCCAGAAGUUCAAAAACUGUUUCAAGUCUUGUCUGUGCUGCUGGUGUACAAGGAGCAGGAAUGUGAUUCCAGAGAGAGGCGGUGUCCGCUGGAAGGGAAGCUGUCAUGGCAACGAACUCGACAGAACAAGCUCUCGUUCCAGUCAGAAAUACACCUCCACCUAAACACACACACACACACACACACACACACACACACACACACACACACACACACACACACACACACACACACACACACACACACACACACACACACACACACACA